GCUCGGGGGUUUCUGAGGUGUCCCGGGGGUUUCUGAGGUGUUCCGGGGGUCUGUAAGGGAUUCCGAGGGUGCUCGGGGGUCCCUGAGGGCUCCCGGGUGUCCCCGCUGCCGCUGAUGUGUCCGUAGCGGGGUUUCAGGGCGGGCCGGUCCCGGUCCCGAUCCCGAUCCCGAUCCCGAUCCCGAUCCCGGUCCCGGUCCCGGUCGCGGUCGCGGCGGGGCUCGUGUGAGGCCAUGGAGGGCAGCAGCCCGAGCGCGGAGCGGGGCCCCGAGCGGCCGCUGCUGCUGCGGCCCGGGGCGCUCCGGGAGCUGGGAGCGCUGCUGGAGCCGGCGGAGCCGCGCUGCCCGCCGGGCUCGGCGAGCCCCGCCGCACCGGGCGAGCUGGGGACCGCCCUGGGCUCGGCGAGCCCCGCCGCACCGGGCGAGCUGGGGACCGCCCUGGGCUCGGCGAGCCCCGCCGCACCGGGCGAGCUGGGGACCGCCCUGAGCUCGGCGAGCCCCGCCGCACCGGGCGAGCUGGCCGCCACCCUGAGCUCGGCGAGCCCCGCCGCACCGGGCGAGCUGGCCGCCGCCCUGGGCGACUUCGCGGCUCCGCCACGCCGGGAGCGGGACGGCGCCGAGCCGCCCGGCCGGGACACAGCGCUGGCCGCCGCGGCGGAGCGGGCGGAGCGCGUUGGCGCCGUGUUCCUGCUGCUCCUGCGGAAGCUGGAAGAUGCCCGGAGCCAGACGUCGCCGGGAGCGGCCGCGGCGGGGCCCGUCCCGCUCCGGGUGCUGGCACACGCGUUCAUCUUUGCUGUCACGCACAAAGACGAGAGGCCCUGGACCACGGCGAGGAGUCGGGCGGUGGCUCAGGAGCUGCUGGAGCGGCUGGUCCGGGCUGCGGGCUGCGGGUCCGUGGAGGAAUUCCUGCGGGGAAAGGAGGGCGAUGAGGAAGGAAGAUUUGGAGCGGUGAUGGGGCUCCUGAAGCAGGAGUUAACCAAAGACACCUGGAAGUGUAACCCUGCCUCCAAAGACGUGUUCUCCUGGGCUCUGCUCCGCGUCAGCCGGCCCUGGCUGUGCCCGCACCUGGAGCGGGUCCUGCCGCCCGCGCUGCUCCUCUCCGACGACUUCCAGGAGGAGAACAAAGUGCUGGGCGUGCGCUGCCUGCACCACAUCGUCCUCAACGUGCCAGGAGCGGAUCUGUGCCAGUUCAACAGGGCCCAGGUGGUGUUCCACGCCCUCUACAACCACCUCUACUCACGGGAGGCCCCUCUCAUCCAGGCAGUGCUGCUGUGCCUGCUGGACCUGCUGCCCAUCCUGGAGCGAUGCCAGCGGCGCCAGGGCCAGGGCAGAGCCACGUCCCCCUGGGACCAGGUGCUGCAGCUGGUGCUCACCCACAUGGAGGCCGAGCACCGGCUGGCGCUGCGCAGGGUCUACGCAGGGACCCUGCCUGCCUUUGUCACCAGACUCGGCAUCCUCAUCGUGAGGCACCUGAAGAGGCUGGAGCGAGUCAUCCUGGGCUACCUGGAGGUCUCUGAUGGCCCCGAGGAAGAGGCCAGGCUGGGAAUCCUGGAGACUCUGCGCUGCACCAUGGAGCACGCCUGGCCCAGGAUGCCCUGCAGGCUCCCCGUGCUCCUCAAGGCCCUGCUCAGGCUGCUCUGGGACGUUCACACGGAGCGGGGCCCGACCCCCGAGCCCGUCAGGGCUGCGCUGCUGCACGGGGCCACCCAGUGCCUCAUCCUGCUGGACCGCUGCUGCCAGGGCCAGGUGAAGGUGAGUCGGGGCUCCCUGCUGGCUGCCAGGGCCAGGGGAAGGCUGCCAGGGCCAGGGGAAGCUGAGUCAGGGCUCCCUGCUGGCUACCAGGGCCAGGGGAAGGCUGCCAGGGCCAGGGGAAGGCAAGUCAGGGCUCCCUGCUGGCUGCCAGGGCCAGGGGAAGGCGAGUCAGGGCCAGGGGAAGGCGAGUCAGGGCUCCCUGCUGGCUGCCAGGGCCAGUGGAGGGGAGUCAGGGCUCCCUGCUGGCUACCAGGGCUAGGGGAAGCUGAGUCAGGGCUCCCUGCUGGCUACCAGGGCCAGGGGAAGGCGAGUCAGGGCUCCCUGCUGGCUACCAGGGCCAGGGGAAGGCUGCCAGGGCCAGGGGAAGCUGAGUCAGGGCUCCCUGCUGGCUACCAGGGCCAGGGGAAGGCGAGUCAGGGCUCCCUGCUGGCUACCAGGGCCAGGGGAAGCUGAGUCAGGGCUCCCUGCUGGCUACCAGGGCUAGGUGGAGGCAAGUCAGGGCUCCCUGCUGGCUGCCAGGGCCCUCUCCCCUCUCAGCCCAGCAGAGUUUGGGUUCCCCCCUCCCCAGAUCAGUACUGCAUUGAUAAGUGACUCGCUCGCUGUCGAUGGGAUCAGUCUGUGCCCUGCUCCCCCGCAGGGCUGGCGAGGGUGGCUGGCACCACCCCGGAGUGCCAGGGCACUGGCAGUGCUGCUCUGCUCC